UGGGCCGUUUUGGUGGGGCUGGAGGACGCUGAGGGUCUGUGGGAUAUUCUGGGGGGUCUCUGGGAGUGUCCCCCCCCCCAACGCCUCCAUUCUGACCAUAGAAUGUCCUCAUCCCAUGGGGGGGCCGCCCCCACAGAAGACCCUCAAGCACAACCCCCCCCCCAUCACCAUCAGCACCAUCAGCACCGGCGGCGUCGAGGCUCAGCCCCCCGCCCCCCCUGCGCCCCCCCAGGCUCCGGAACUGACGUAUUUGUCAGCAUGAGGACGGAUUUCCGAGCUCAGUUACGUCGCUGUCAACGUUUAUUGGCACCUGGGGGGGGGAACGGAACCGGAACCGUUAAUAGUGGGGGGGGGGGUCCCGAAAUCCGCCUCCAUGGGUUGGGUUUGGCCGUGACUCGCGCCAUCAACCUGGCCCUACAACUACAAGCGGCUUCACCUGGAGCCCUACGGCUCCACGCCAGCACCUCCUCCGUCACCCUGCCCGGAUGGGGGGGCAAUGGGGAAGCCCCCUCCCCACAUCUCCACGAGGAUGAAGACCCCGAUGCCCCCCCCCAGGAGGAUCCCCCUGAUGGGGCUGCAAUGAGACCCCGGCACAACUCAGCCAUCCACAUCCGUGUGUGCCGCGAGGCGCCGUGUGUGUGACGUGAUGGGGGGCAGGGGGGGGUUCUAGAGCAUCACCGAAGGGUUCUGGAGCGUCAGGUGGGACGGAACUGUCAAAUCUGGGGCACUCGGAGAGGUUCCAGAGCGUCCUGAGACGUUCCGGAGCCACAGGUGGAACCGCAUCAAUGCUGAGGGGUUCUAGAGCACCCCAAGGGGUUCUAGAGCACCAAGUGAGACUGUUUUGGUCAACACUGAGGAGCCCUGGAAGGUUCUGGAGCGACCCAAGAAGUUCUGGAGCAGGAGCUGGAUUUCUCCAUCAACGCUGAGGGGACCUGGGAAGUUCUGGAGCAUUCCAAGACGUUCUGGAGCACCAAACAGGACGUUGGCAUUGAAGUGCUGGGUGUUCCGCCAGGAUCCAGAGCAAUGCUGGGGCUUCUGGGUCAGCAACGAGCUGCCCUGGGAGGUUCUGGAGCACCCCGAGGUGUUCUGGAGCGCACAGUGGGAUAUUUCUAUUGAAGUCCAGCAGGUUCUAGAGCACCAAGAGGGAGCUUUAUGUCGAGAUCCCACCUGAGGUUCUGGAGCGCUCCAGGCUGUUCUGGAGCACCAAACAAUUGUGUCCAUGCUGAACCCGAGCGGUUCCGAAGCACCAACAGACAUUUUUGUGUCAACCCUGUGGAACUUAAAGAGGUUCCGGAGCGCCCCGAGCUGUUCUAGAGCAGCAGGAAGGAUUCCAGGAUGUUCUGGAUCCGUCCCACAUGUGGACAUUACCCCCCAAAAAAGGGGGGGGAGGGGAGUCGGUCACCCCCCCACCCCCCACCCCCUCCCCUUUGAACUGGAAC